AAUUUAGUUGGCAAUGGUAACUCUACUUCAUCUAUGUACUUUUUGUUCAUAUCACAAUCCGUUACGCAUUUGAAAAUUAAAUUGCAUUGAAAAUUACUAUUUUUCUUUACAUUUAUUUUUCGUGUUUGAAAAUAUAAUUUAUUUAUUCGUAAUGGCAGAAACGAACCACAAUUCAAGAUUGUUAUCUUACAAAAAUGCUGGCCAAGGGACAACAGAUCUUCGACGCAAACGGGCAGAGCUCAGUGUUGCAUUGCGGAAGCAAGCUCGUGAUGAGCAGUUGCUUAAGCGCAGGGCCUUGUCUCCGGAGACAGAAGAUGUACCUGAUGAAGGAGAGAAGCAAAUGUCUCCAGCAGAGAUUGUACAGGGCCUGAAGUCUCAGGAUUUGUCGGUGAAGACAGCGAGUGCUCGCGCCGCCCGCCGCAUGCUGUCAAAGGAGCAAAACCCACCCAUUUCAAUAAUGGUGAACGCUGGAAUCAUAAAACCCUUAAUUGAUGUAUUGGACAGAGAUGAUUGUAGCGACCUACAGUUUGAGGCUGCAUGGGCUCUGACCAACAUAGCAUCGGGCACCCACGACCACACUAUGGCUGUUAUUGAUGCGGGCGCGAUCCCGCCGCUGGUGUCGCUGCUGGGCCGCGGCGGCACGGUGGGCGAGCAGAGCGCGUGGGCGCUGGGCAACAUCGCGGGCGACGGCGCCGCGCCGCGCGACGCCGUGCUGGCGCACGCCGCGCUGCCCGCGCUGCUGCCGCUGCUGCGCCCGCGCACGCCGCCCGCGCAGCUGCGCACCGCCGUCUGGACCUACAGCAACCUCUGCAGAAAUAAGAAUCCUCUUGUAAAAUUCGAAUUGGUCUCGCCAGCACUCAUAUACAUCUCAGAUCUUCUCGAAGUAAGCGACCAAGAUAUCCUAGCUGACGCGUGCUGGGCUAUGUCGUACCUGACGGAUGGGCCCAACGAUAGAAUCGAGGGCGUUCAGACCACUGUGGGCAUGCUUCCGCGUCUCAUUGCCCUGCUGGGACACAAGUCGCCUACAGUUAGAACGCCAGCGCUCAGGACCAUUGGAAAUAUGCUGACUGGAUCUGAUGAGCAGACGGAUCGCUGCCUAGAAGCGGGCUGCCUAGACCACAUCGUUACACUGCUGCGCUGCGGGAAGCCGUCCCUCAUGAAGGAGGCGGCCUGGGCCGUCUCCAACAUUCUGGCCGGCACUACUAGCCAAAUACAACAGGCCAUCGACAAGGGCAUACUGAUUCAUCUACUAGAAGUGUUGUCCUUCCAAGAUAUUAAGUGCCAGAAGGAGGCAGCGUGGGCCAUCACGAACUUGUGCCUGGGCGGCACUCCGAUGCAGCUGGACGCGCUACUGGCGGCGGGCUUCCUGCAGCCGUACUGCAACCUGCUGGCCUCGCCCGACCACCGCGCAAUUACCGUCGUGCUCGACGGCCUCACCAACCUACUGCAGGCCGCCGCGAAAUUUGGCCAAGUGGAGCCUCUCUGUAUAAAGUUAGAGGAGAUCGGCGCCCUGGACCAACUAGAAGCUUUGCAGCAACACGAAAACGAUUCGGUAUAUAAGAAAACUCUACACAUCUUGGAUACGUACUUUGCGGAACAAGACGAUGUGGUCGCAAUGCCAGCGGAAACGAACAACGAGUACCAAUUUGGAACUUCGGAAACCCCAAACAUGAACUUCUAAAUAGUAGACUGUAGUCUAAGAACAAUUUUGAAAAUUGAUUAAUAAGAACUUAUUUACGGAAAGGCGGGGUUUAGCGCGAGGUAUUAGUGCGAGGCACAAAGCAAACAGAAAAAAACAUUCCCUGUAUAUGCAUUCCUGUGAAAAUUUAUAAAUAUGCAUAAUUUUGUGUGUGUAGGUAACUAUACUACACACAUCAAUAAACUAAGCUGUAAUUUCUACUGCAAUAAUGCAUAAUGGGACACAAUUUGCACAAACCCGCUAUGUAAAUUCUGCCUAUCCCUAAACAAAGUAUAGGUAAGUAGAUCUGUCAAUAUUUAAGCAAUUGUGCCUUUAUAUCAUGAAUUAAUAAACAUUUUUUAGCUAUCUUAGGUGUAUAUAAAACAUCACAUUGAAUACUGCAUAUCAUUUGUUAUACCAAUAGUCAUCUUUCACUUUCCCAUUGUUAAGUGUGAUGCCUUGUAUGCCUUUUAUUCUCCAUCUGGAUUAUGUAAGUCAUUUUCUAAAAAUACUACAUUUAGAAGUACACCAAUGAAAUAAUCUUAGUAAUGGAGUCGAUUGUGAGGAAUUAUUUUCUAAAUUAAU